AUGUCGGAGGAAAAAGUACGUGUGUCGUGCCGUUUUCGUCCACUAAACGCAGCGGAGCAAAAUGCCUGCCUGUGCGUGGCCUUUGAAGGACCCAGACAUGUGAUCUGUAGGACAGCAAGGAGUCCGUGUUGGACCCAGCAGCUGGUGGCAAGUCCUCGUGGCGCGCUGACAGAUGACGCCUCUUCGCUGAGUGGGACUGUGGUGGCUUCAGAUUAUUACAAGUUUGCCUUUUCUCGCGUGUAUGAACCCGACACGACGCAAAAACAGUUAUAUGACGAUGUUGCCUGCCCCAUUGUGGACGAUGUCAUGCAUGGGUACAACGGCACACUAUUGGUUUAUGGACAGACGGGGGCUGGAAAAACGCAUACAAUGUUUGGUUUGCAUUCUCCUCUAAGUGAGGAAUCCGGGUCGUUGAGUUUUAAUAUGCAUGAAAACGCCGCUGGUAUCGUACCUCGUGCGGUGCGACAACUUUUUUACGCCAUUCACAGUGCCGAGGAAGUGGUGGAGUUUGAGAUACGUGUGCAGUUUGUAGAAAUCUACAUGGAACGUGUGCGGGACCUUCUUAAUCCGACAGGAUGUAGUUUACAUGUGCGUGAGGACCCGGCUGGAUUCUACGUUGAAAAUUGCGAAAUGCCGUACGUGACAAGUACGGAGGAAGUGCUGCAACUCGUUCAUAGUGGGCUGCGUCGGCGCGUAACCGCUGCAACAACCAUUAACGACGCCAGUAGCCGUAGUCACUGCGUUCUGAACAUUGUAGUGAAGAGUGUCAAUCGGGCGAAGCACGAGGCAACCAUUGGGAAACUAUUCCUUGUGGACCUUGCGGGUUGUGAAAAGGUGUCGAAGACAUUGGCCGACGGUCUUCGAUUAGAGGAGGCAAAACUGAUUAAUAAGUCUCUCACCACCCUCGGACAUGUUAUCAUCUGCCUGGCGGAAAAGAGGGCGCAUGUACCCUACCGUGAUAGCAAACUUACACGGAUUCUAAAGGACUCUCUUGGCGGUAACUCACGCACGGCACUCGUUUUGUGCUGCAGUCCGUCUCAACUGGAGGCCCAUGAGACUCUCUCGACACUGCGAUUUGGUGCACGGGCACAGAACGUGUGUAACCGGGCGGUCGUCAAUCGGCAGUUUACCACUGAGGAACUUAAAGGCAUGUUAGAUCUGGCGAAGGUGGAGAUACAAAGGCUGAGGUGUCUGCUGCGAGGAAAGGCAUGUAGUGAGUUGACACGGGAAACAUAUACUUCUCGAGGUCAUUUAGAGGCGCAGGCAGGAGGUCUGUCACGUCGUACCAAGGAGUCUUUUGAAUUGGAUAGUGUGGAUGCUUUGCUGCAGCAAGGUGUCCGUGAGCAACUUUCUUUGGAGGAUAUGCGGGCCGAAAUGGAGCGCCUGCGUGACGCGUUACGUGACGCGCAGUACACGACGGAUCUUCUUUAUGCGCAGUCUGCAGCACAGGCCUCGGUGGUGCAGAUUCUACAACAGGAGUGUGCUGCAUGGGAGGAGGAGUUUUCCAACGUUACACGGGAGUUGUACGCGCAACGUCGCUACGCGGAACAUUACCGAAUGUUGUUUCAUGAGGCACGAGAGGAGGCGGAAGUUUUGCCGCUGCAGUUGACAUCAUAUAUGGAGCAGCUGCACACACUCCUUGGAAUGGUAGAAGAUGGAUCUUUUUUGCCGCAGCGCCACGUUCGCCGGUCGCCGUUUAGUCGUGAUUUGUCACAGAACACAAAUAAGAGUGAAUCACCGCCCAUAACUCCACACGCAGGCACGGGUAUUCUUGAGGGCACAAGGGGGAAUACAAAAUCAACGAGUGACAGGAAAUCAUGCCCAGUGGAGAGUCAACCAUUUGUUAUCAUCCCGCCACGCUACGAAAGGACGGGUUUACGGCGUGGCGACAAUGUCACCGCAGCAGUCUUCGACGGUAUUCGAGAAAUGGAGGACAAUGACUGGACCGGCCACCAUAGCGGCGAUGGGGACCAAAAUGAGGGUAUGAUGCUGAAUCGCAUGGAGGCUGUCAUGGAUGAGGUGGAGAAGUUGCGAAAUUUGAACGGGGCAUUGACGUUGGAGCUGCAGCUCGCAGAGAAGAAGUUGGUCAUCCGCCAUGAACGUAUUGAAACCCUUAAACACGGUCUGCGGCAAGAGUGUGCGGCAAAACAGGAGCUGCAGCGUACACUGGAAGCUGAACGGGUUUGUCAUCAAGCCCAGCUUCAGGACGCACGCAACGAUGCUCUUCACUGGCGACAGCUAUACGAUGAUCUGCUUAAUAACUCCCAUACCCGCAGUAGAAAACAUAACGGGAGGCACCGUAAUGAACACAGGAGCAGCACACCGACGCUAGAAGCCGCGCUGACGUCACGGGAACCCAGUUCACCUGCAGACUCCCCCGUUGCCAUGGGCCAUGGGAUUAUCGUGAAGCCGAUUCGCGGUGGGGGACAAAAGGAGUUGAACUGA